UCACACGGCAAUUGAGUGGCAGGUGAUCAUUUGUCAUUGUUGGUAAUGAGCGGCACUUUGAGCGUCACGGUGCGUCACGAUGCGUCCCGAGCUCUCCACCCUGCAUGUUAAUUGUAGGAAGAGCAGCAUGUGAUUCUCCGUCCUCCAGUCCCGCUCAGUCAGUGCCACACAGACUCACAAGUGCUGCCCGGCGGAUGUAUUCAUGCCUACACACACAUUUUCUAGCGUUAAUGAUAAACCCUGGAUUUUGGUGAUCGGUGCCAAAGACUGACGGCCCACAGCAUAAUAUCCGGCUGUCACUCCUCAGCAUCUCCCUUAGAGCUACAUCCCUCCACCUCUUCUCUACUCUCUGUCUGUAUCACCUCUUUCUGUUCCCACAAGGCUCUGUUUUCGCUCUCUCUUUCUCUCUCCACCCUCACCCCCCUCCCGACCCUCAGCCUCCCUGAUGCCGAAGAACAGCAAGGUGACGCAGCGCGAGCAGAGCAAUGAUCACGUCACAGAGUCGGUGGCUGACCUGCUCGCACAUGAGGAGCCGUUUGACUGCAAGAACAGCUCCCUGAACGUCGGAGGGGCCCCCGGCAAAAAGGUCCCGCAGAUAGAGGUGCCUGAAAACGAUGGACGCCCCACCUGGAACAGCAAACUGCAGUACAUCCUGGCACAGGUGGGCUUCUCUGUGGGCCUGGGGAACGUGUGGCGCUUCCCUUACCUGUGCCAGAAGAAUGGAGGAGGUGCCUAUCUGGUUCCCUACUUCAUCCUCCUCCUCAUCAUCGGCAUCCCGCUCUUCUUCUUGGAGCUGGCUGUGGGACAGAAGAUCCGACGUGGGAGCAUUGGGGUCUGGAACUACGUCUGUCCCAGUCUGGGCGGGAUAGGGAUGUCCAGUCUGAUGGUGUGUGGCUUUGUAGGUCUCUACUAUAAUGUGAUCAUCGGCUGGAGCAUCUUCUAUUUCUUCCAGUCUUUUCAGUAUCCUCUUCCGUGGAGCGAGUGUCCAAUCAGAAGGAAUGGGUCACUUGUCAUUGUGGAGCCAGAGUGUGAAAAAAGCUCGGCCACAACCUACUUCUGGUACCGUCAGACUCUGAACACCACCAGCACCAUCGCAGAUAGCGGCGGCCUCAACGUUAAAAUGACCCUGUCUCUGCUGGUGGCCUGGAUCAUCGUCUGCCUCGCCGUCAUCAAAGGCAUCGCCUCCUCAGGGAAGGUGAUGUACUUCAGCUCUCUGUUCCCCUACCUGGUGCUGUUCUGUUUCCUGAUCAGAGGUUUAAUGCUGAAGGGAUCAGUGGAUGGCAUCGCUCACAUGUUCACUCCCAAGUUGGAGAAGAUGCUGGAGCCAAAGGUGUGGAGAGAGGCAGCCACCCAGGUGUUCUUCGCCCUGGGUCUGGGGUUCGGAGGGGUCAUAGCCUUCUCCAGCUACAACAAGAUCGAUAACAACUGUCAUUUUGAUGCUGUGCUCGUCUCUUUCAUUAACUUCUUAACCUCCAUUCUGGCCACGCUGGUAGUGUUCGCCGUGCUGGGCUUCAAGGCAAAUAUCAUGAAUGAAAAGUGCAUCGCAGAGAACACAGAGAAGAUCCUGGGAUACCUUAACUCUAGCGUCCUGAGCUACGAUCUCAUCCCUCCACACUUAAACUUCUCCCAACUCAGCACAUCAGACUACGCUGAGGUAUACAGGGUCAUCAAGACGGUGAAGGAGGACGGCUUCGCCCAGCUGGGUCUGGAUCCUUGUUUGCUGGAGGACGAGCUCAACAAGUCAGUCCAGGGCACCGGUUUGGCCUUCAUCGCCUUCACAGAGGCCAUGACUCACUUCCCAUGGUCUCCGUUCUGGUCGGUCAUGUUCUUCUUCAUGCUCAUCAACCUCGGCCUGGGCAGCAUGAUCGGCACCAUGACGGGCAUCACCACACCUGUCCUCGACACCUACAAGGUCAAUAGGGAGCUUUUCACAGUGUGUUGCUGCGUUGUGGCCUUCUUCUGUGGCCUGCUGUUCGUCCAACGCUCAGGGAACUACUAUGUCACCAUGUUUGAUGACUACUCUGCUGGACUACCUCUCACAGUGGUGGUCAUCCUGGAGAAUGUGUCUGUAGCUUGGAUUUAUGGCACAAAAAGGUUCAUGCAGGAUCUGGAGGACAUGUUGGGUUUCCGACCAUGUAUAAUCUAUUUCUAUCUGUGGAAGUACGUCUCCCCCAUCUGUCUCAUCUUGCUCAUCUCAGCCACCGUCAUCGAGAUGGCCAUCAUCCCCCCAGGAUACAACGCCUGGGUCCAAGAGCUGGCUGAGGAACGCUUCCAGAGCUAUCCUCCCUGGGCUCUGACCAUGUGCUUCUCUCUCAUCGUCGUGGCCAUGCUGCCACUCCCUAUUGUCUUCAUCGCCAGACGCUUCAACCUCAUGUCGGACGGCUCCAACAAGCUGUCUGUCUCCUACCGUAAAACCAUGAUGAAGGACAUCUCCAACCUGGAGGAGCAGGACGAGUCCAGGUUUAUUCUUGGUGCCAAACCGGGCGAGGCGCCACCUAUAGCUCCGGCAGGCCGGCCCUAUCUGACCCCAGCAGGGAACAAAACCCUAGACCCCAACUCGCUGUCUCCAAACAUCUGCUACGGUACGAGCUACCAGAACCCAGCCGUCAGCCCAACCACACCGACUACUCCGAUCACACCCGCCACGCCAGAGUCUGACUCUUGACUCGUCUGACGCCCAGUCCUCGCACAGUUUACCCUCCAGCCAUAAAGUCUCCAUGGGGGUCACUGCCAAGCAUCCCCACCACUGCCCUACUGACGCCAUAAAACUGUAUGUAGCCGCCCAAUUCAUCUGAACACAUGCUUCCCAAAUAACAUCGAGAUCAACCUGCAGCAGGAGAAAAAAAACAGCUCUUGCCAGUAGAUCACACACUGAAAUCAAGCUGUUUAAGUGCUUAAGAAAAGGUUCUGAGAUCUGCUUUUCUAUGCCUUAGUAUAAGGAUCCUCAGCAGUCAAAGCCCCCCCCACAACACACACACACACACACACACACACACACAC